AGAUGCGGGAGCAGGUGAAGCGGAUGAAGGACGCGGGGAAGCAGGCCAAGGACGCGAACGACAAGCCCGCGGAGGUCCAGGCGGACAAGGACGCGGCCGCCGCCUCUCUCGCGCCGCGAGAGCUCGGCCCCCCGACGGCGACGACGUUCUGCGCGAUGGUCGAGGCGCUCGCGGGGGAGGAGGUCGGGCGCGCCAGCAGGCAGACGCUCGAGGCGUGGUCCACGGCCAUGGUUGGCGACCCGCCCGACUUCGUCAAGCUGUGCAGGCUCGAGAACUGCUACCAGAAGGACAUGGUCAAGAUCGUGUUCUCGAUCAACGACCAGACCAAGGAGAACAUCCUCACGGACUCGUUCAAGCAGCUCGACUGCGCGGUGACGUCGGGCACCGCGCCCGCUGGCUACAUGGAGGACGAGCUCUCGGCCUGGAUCGACGUGCUCAAAUCGUGAUGAGGGGAACAUCGGUGGGAAGGACUCCAGGAGGUCGAACUACCCUGUCUACCUCUCCGUGGUGGACGACCGCUCUGACGUGUGGCCGCGCACAGCGUCGCGCCUUUGAGCGCGGCAGUGCUGCCGUGGCACCAGGAAAAAGAUGGUAACGGCCUGAGGCCGUGGACGGCGGGCAGCCUCGAUCUUUUUUUGUCGUGUGCGUGUGUGUGCGGCGCGGCGCGUGCGGCAUGUGUGUGCGCACUCAGGUAGCAUUGCUCAUCAGCUGCGUACUA